CGCCCGCAGCGGCGACGCCAUUUGCCACUGCCGAGCGUGGGCGCAGGCGGCUCUCGGAAGCGCCGGUGACCAGCCUCUUCCGAGCACGCUUCUCGGCCUCCCGCACAGCCUUCAUCCCGCGCGUUUCUCAGCGUCGCCCGUCGGAGUCACCGCCUUUUCUGCUGCCAUCCGGAGCACGGUCGCACACCCCGCCAGCUUGCCGCCAUGCCCAAGAAUAAAGGAAAAGGAGGUAAAAACAGACGUAGAGGAAAGAAUGAGAAUGAAUCUGAAAAGCGAGAGCUGGUGUUCAAAGAGGACGGGCAAGAAUAUGCUCAGGUAAUUAAAAUGUUGGGAAAUGGACGAUUAGAAGCAAUGUGUUUCGAUGGUGUAAAGAGACUGUGCCAUAUUAGAGGGAAAUUGAGGAAAAAGGUUUGGAUAAAUACCUCAGACAUCAUAUUGGUGGGGCUCCGAGAUUACCAGGAUAACAAAGCCGAUGUCAUUUUAAAGUACAACGCAGAUGAAGCCAGAAGUCUCAAGGCAUAUGGCGAGCUUCCAGAGCAUGCUAAAAUCAAUGAAACUGAUACAUUUGGUCCUGGAGAUGAUGACGAAAUUCAGUUUGAUGACAUUGGAGAUGAUGAUGAAGACAUUGAUGAUAUCUAAAAUGAGCUCAACAGUUUACAUUCUGGUCUUUCUGAAGAUUGCCCUGCAAGUUUGAAAUCUGGCCAGCCAUAGACCUCAAGGAAAAGUUUUCACUGUCUUGAUUGUAAUGUGUUGAAGCAGACUUGAUUCGAUACUAAGAUCGCUUCUUUCAAAACUGAUAUCUUAAGUGAUAUGUUAAGCCCACUUCUGUUCAUUUGAUGUAAUAGAACUCAAGUUCAUGUAAGAAAAAAAAAAUAACUGCCUUUCCUACUUUGACCACUUCCAGUAAGUAAAUGGAUGUUUUGAAUAAACUAUUUGCCUUGUACUCAUUAUAAAUUAUGACUAAGCCCUCCUCUUGCAUAGCUGUUGACUGUGCAGUCUUUAUGUAUACUCCAGUUGCCCAGAGAUUUUGAUACAAAUGGAGGCAGAAAUCCGUUCUUUGUUUUAUUAUAUUUUGAGACAGAGUCUAACUUUGUAUCCGAGGUUAGGUUGGAAUUCACUAUAGUCAUAGUGGACCUCAAACUCUAUGAUACUCCUUUCUCAGCCUCCUGGGUGCUGAGAUUAUAUGUAUGUACCACAUCUGGCAGAAAUCUAUUUAAAGACAAAAAUGAUAGGUCUGCUUUGCAUAUUUAAUUAUAUGGCUAUUUUUAUACUAGUUUUGAUAACAUGUAAGUUCUUUUCAUGAUUUUGUUUUGCAGUCAACUUACUGGGAGAGGAAAGGCAUUUCCAAAAUGUUUUUAGAAACUGGUUUUUAAUGCAAAUUUUGAAUUCAGGUCAGUAGUUGCAGAAAUUGAACACUAGGUGGUGCUCAGCUAUCUAAACAUUGGUAAUACUAUUUUUAAUUAUUGAGAUGGUUUCUUUUCUCAACUAGUGUGAGUAGGAAAUUACCAAACAGAGAAAAAUUGUGCAUAGAAUAUUUUUCCAAAAAGAAAGAUUGUGUUGGAGUGUUGCUUUUCAGGAGUCUUACUCACAUAAACUACAAUUCUGAGUGCUUUAUAAACACAUAAGAUAUAGACAAGUGAAGAUUUAAGUUCAUAACAAUAUGAAUACUAUAUAAUAAGAGUAUAAAUGCUUUUUAAGGCUUUCCUUAAACUGAGGGGGAAAUGAGGGAAUAACAAACAUAACCCUGAUAUAAUGGCAUGACCUGUAACCCUGCACUUGGUAAGGUCCAGGCAAGAGGACCAGGAGUUCAAAUAACAAGCUUAGUAAAAAGGUGUUUUCUUAUUUCUGAAUCUAAGAGCUGUAGCUGAAAAAAAUAGCAUGCUGCAGACGAUAUCAUGUACUCCAACUUUACAUUAGGGGACAAGUUUAUUAGGUAGACAGUUUGGGAAGGGGUCCAGGGAUCCCAUUUUCUUUGUACAAGGAAUUUAGGUUUGCUUUUAUUUAGGAGUUAUCAUUGCAGUUAGAGCUGGGCUAGUCAGAAUUCACUGUACACACAAAGCAUGCAAGUUUAAAACCGAGAUCCAUCAUGCAGGUUGUGGGCCUUGUACUCUACUAACAUCAGAAAACUUUUCAUUAAUGAAAAGGAACACACAAAGGAAUGCAUAUUACAUGGUUUCACAAACAAGAUCUUCUGUAAUCCCUUUCUUAACUAUGACUUCAUCUCAGGUUUUCCUACUCAGCUUCAAAAUCUGAGGUGCCAUAACAACAGUAGAAAAGAUGAAGUGAUUAGUCUGAAUUUCUUAUUCUGAGAAAUUUCUUAGUGAUUAACUAGGCAGAGCAUAUCUGAGACCAAGGGCUAAAACUACCCCUGGGGCAUUUGUUAAGCACUUGUUUUCAUCAGUAAUUAGAUCUUUGGACCUUAAAAGUGUUUCACCAGCUGGAUGUGGCAUACACCUGUGAUCCCAGCACAGGAGUUGUUGAAUAGUGGCCAGGGCUAAAUAAAAUAAUGUCUCAAAAAUAAAAAACAUUUUUACUAAAUUUGCACUGUAUGUAGCUAUGCAUUAUAUUAUGAGCAGUGUUUUAACUCUACAUAGGUGAUACAGCUCAAAAGUUGGUUUUCUACUUCCUGUAACAGGAUUUGAGGGUUUUUAGAAAUUAACAUGUAACCCCUUUUCCUGUACCUUCUGGUGGUUAUAUCUCUUUUCUUGCCUAAAUAGUAGCAGCAUUAAUGAGUGUUCUUGUAUUCUGGGUGAUGUGGAGCCAUACUAGUUUAUAAAGUAGUUGAAUACAGUUGUCACUAGUAUGCAAAUGCUACCUGGAAGAGUUCUUUGACAUGUAUUUGGUAUGGGAAUUGAAUAGUUUAACUGAUUCAGUUUUAUUUCAGAUAAGGAAUGGAAGUGGUCUGCAAGGAAAUUUUGGGGUUUUUUAUUAUUAUUUUUGGUUUGACUUCUAUAGUAUAACUCUAAGUAGCAACCAGAAAGAAAAAUAAAAUGUUUGAAAUCUAAGAAUAAUGCUAUUCUUUUUGUGGAGGACGGGUUGUUUUCUUUUUCUUUCUUUUUUUUUUUUUUUUUUGAGACAGGAUCUCAUACCCCACGCUGGCCUUGAAAUACCAACAGCUAAGGCUAGCCUUCUGAUCUUCUGCCUUUACCUCCCAAUUGCAGGGGUUGCAGCUGUGCACAAACAUACGCAACUAGAAUAAUAUGUCUUCCUGCUGUGAUGGUGUAAGAAGUUAAUGCUAAUCAAUUUGAUAGUCUUACACCAAACUCUUGGUCUGAUCCCCAGCACCCCAUAAACCAGUGUUUUUCAUGUCGUUUAUUCCAGAUAGAGCAUGAGCAUGGUGUGUUGCUAAAGUGACUGAGUAACCACACCAAGCGUCUGUGUAAAAAGACUUGCCAAGAUUUAGUCGUUUGCCUGUUGAAUCUUUCUUAAACAUCUUAAGAGACUACAAAGUAUUCAUGACAGAAAUUUUAUAUAUUAUUUGGAAAAUAGCCAUUGGUUUAUUCAUCCCAUGUAUGGAAUCAUAGCUAUAAGUUGUCACUUAAAAACUUUGUGACUUGUAAUAUUGCUUAAUCUCACUUGUCUUAGUAAACUUUAAAUUACUGUGUUGAACAACAUCUUUAAUAGGUAGAAACUGUCAGUGUUGACUGCAGAGUAACUGAGUAAUCAAAUAGGUACAAGCAUGUUUUGAAUAGCUAGAUUUAUACUCAAUUUGUAUUCUGUACAGAUUUAAUGAUGUCCACAAUAAACUGGCUUUACAGUUUAUAAAGUAUCAGGAUGAAGACAGCUCUAUGCCUGCCUUUCAUAAAGAUUUGUAUCAGUGUGUGAUAUUCAUCCUGCUCAGUAUGGAUAAGUUUCAUUUAUAUACUAGUAGGACUCCCACAGACUUUUACACACUACCUUCAUGUUUGUGGUUUAACUUAAACCAUCAUUUCUGAUCCCUGUUCAGAAAAGAACAAAAUCUGAAUUAAGUUAUAGUACAAGUAUAAGUAAACACAGACUGGGUGGUGGUGGUGGACACCUUUAGUCCCACCACAUGGGAGACAAAGUUUGAGGCCAGCCUGGUCUACAGAGCCGAGUCCCAGGACAGCCAUGGCUACACAGAGAACCCCUGUCUUGAAAAACCUAAAUAAAUAAAUAAAGCGAGUUUAAGUAAGCAGUAGACUGAGCAAUUGAGACACUGUACUGGACAUUUACCAGUCUUUUAAGGACAGUGUGCUAGACAGAGAAAAUAAAGAGCGUGGGUUCUGGGGUCUGUACCCCAAUCCCCAGUCAAUUCUACCAAGUAUCCAUCACUACCUUUCCAGCUUGUCUCAGCUUCACAAGCCUGGCAUGGGAUAUAGGGAGGAUAGAAACACCUACUGUAGAAUUAUUGGAGGGUUAAUAACAUUCACACUUGGUAUCUGCUUUUCAUGUGGAAACCCAGGACCAUGUAAGACAGAAGAUGCAUGUCUCCUGUGUUCGCUGUGUACCUUACCUUGCUUGCAGUCUUUAAUUACUGUCAUAAAAGGAACGUGUAGAAUAUAUUAUUUGUGCUGUGUGGACACUGCAGUUGCUACCACACCAUCCUUCUUUAAUUCGGCAGGUGGGAGUCGCCAAGUUGCUUGCGGCUAUUUUCUGGAAUUAAUACUAACCGCUCUAUAUUUCUUCAGAGAAAGUUUAUAGUUACUAAUAAUGCUGGCUGUGGUAAUGUGUCAUUUUUAUUCUUUAAUGAGUCCUUUUGCUAUAGAUUCCCAUCAUGUGGAACAAUGUAAAGAAAUCAUAUGCAAACUACAGCAAGUAGAAAAUAAAGCACGAAAACAACCCAA